UUCUGGCGUGGCGUGCAUUCUUCCGACAGAAACACGAGCGAGCGAGCGAUCGAUCAAGCAAGAAAGCGAGAAGUGCAAGGCCAGGCGAAGCGUCCGCUGUGCCUUGUCCGGUGCCGAUUCCAUCCUGCCUGAAUCCAGGCUCUGAUCGAGCUCAGCAGGAGGCGAGAAAGAAACUCCUCGAUUGAGGGAGGGAGGGGUGAUCGGUCGAUUGACUGAUUGGAUUGGAGAGGAGAGAAGAGAAGAGAGAAGAGAAGAGCAGAGGAGAGGAGAGGAGUGAGAUGGCAGGGGUGCAACCCUUGAAUAUCACACCGAUCCCCGCGACGGAUUUUUCUCGCCAGCGCUCGUCGACAGUGGCGGUCGUCGAUGUCCGAGAUGAGGAACGGAAAUACGACGGGCACAUUGCAGGAUCGCUGCACUAUCCCAGCGACACGUUCGUGGAGAACAUCCCGGAUUUGGUGAAGAACUUGAAGGGCCAUGACACGGUCGUGUUUCACUGCGCCAAAAGCCAGAUCCGAGGCCCGGCUUGUGCACGACUUCUUGCAGAUCGGCUGCAAGAGGAAGGGAGUGCCAACCCAGCGGGAAAAUUGCCCAAAAUCAUGGUGUUGGAGAGAGGUUUCGAUGGGUGGGCGGCAGCCGGAUGGCCCGUCUGUUCUUGCAAAGAAGUUUCCUGCACAAAACAUACAUCGUCAUCAUCCUGAUCUUCAUCAUCCGUGCGAUUCAUCACGACAGCACGUGAUUCUGAUGUGAUUGGCCUUUUGUUUCCACAAGCACACGAUUAAUUAAGAGGCCUGUGCCGCAUACACAAACUGAUCGGUAGGACCAGAAGUGGUUAGAAAUUGCUGCUACAAACUCGUCAUAGCCAUGUAGUGCUUGUAAUGUUGAGAGUGGCGUAUCCAUUGCAGCUCUUUCGUAUAAUCGAUAACGGCGCGAACCUUUCUAU